UGCAAGUUGCAAGCGAUGAGAUGGAGCGUUGUACCGUACCAUCGUCGCCCCAUGUUAUAGACGAGCGUGGUAUCUCCUUGGCACUUGGCGUUGAUCCCCCCCUUUUUUUUUUGAGCAUCAACAGGCUCGGCCAUCUGAUGUUUCAGUGGUUUAAAGAUGAUUCGGUGGAACGCAACUUAUGUUCCAUUCCGCUGCGGUCCUCUUGAGCUCUCCCCCCCUCCCCUGCAUAAACGCCUUUUCAUCCUUGGAAGCUUUAUUGCUCCAAAUCUUCAUCUGUGAUUGACCGCCCUUAUUUUGUCUCCUCCGUGUUUGCCCGUUCACUCAGUGACCCGUCUUCGUCCUCUCUAAGACGACUUGAGACACCCAUCCCGGACCCGCCCGCGGCCAUGGUGUUCUCCAAGUUUACUUCGCGGUUCAAGUCCAGCGACACUGGCGUCCACGCCGUCGAUGUCGAGGCGUCUGAUUCCGAACACUCCAUCAUUCGCGAUGGCGACCUCGCGUACAUGCUUGCGAAGGGAGGUAACGGUUCGAAACCUUCUUACCAAGAGGCUGUUGGAGCGCCAGUCGAGAAGCACUCGCCGUUGGGAUACCACGUCGGAUGGCUUACCGUCAUCUUUCUCAACGUCAACCAGAUGAUUGGCACUGGUAUCUUUUCGACGCCCGCACCCAUCCUGAAUGAUACUGGGUCCGUUGGGCUGGCUUUGCUCUAUUGGACCAUCGGUUCUUUGAUGGCUUUCGCUGGAAUUAGCGUCUAUUUAGAACUGGCUAGCUAUCUUCCCAACCGCAGUGGUUCCGGAGUCGUGUACCUCGAACAGGCCUAUCCGCGACCAAAGCAUUUCUUCACUAUUGCUUUCGCGGUGCAGUCUAUCUUGCUUUCUUUCACCAGUAGCAACGCUAUUGUCUUGUCUCGAUACCUGUGGAGGAUUGCCGGGAAAGCUCCAUCCGCUUGGGAGCUCAAGGGUGUUGCCAUUGCCGCUUACACGUUCGCUGUCGUCUGCGUCAUCGCGCACAACAAGUACUCUCUCUGGGCCACAAAUAUCAUCGGCGGGGUCAAGCUCAUCACUCUUGUUUUCAUUUCCAUCACUGGUCUCGUUGUCCUUGGCGGUAAUAUCGACCACAUCCCCGAUCCGACUGCCAACUUCCGAAACUCAUUUCGGGGAACCACGAACAAUGGCAAUGAGCUGGUAUCUGCCCUGGUCAAUGUGCAAUGCGACAGUCUCGGUCACUCUGGUCUCAUUACUCUACAUGCUCUGCAAUAUUGCCUACUUUGCCGCAGGCGAGAAUACUAUCCUCACGCUGUGAGUAUGUAAUAUUGCUCACAAAUAACCAGUGCCCAUGCUGGAUUCAGGACGUCCAAGGAAAUUGCUGCCGCCGUGUUCUUUACCAAGGUCUUCGGCAGCGGACCUGCCGAGCAAGCCCUCAACUUUCUGGUUCUCCUAAGCGCCUUUGGCAACUUCCUCGCAACCUUGAUUGGUGCCUCUCGCGUCAUCCGUGAGAUCGGACGGUACGUGACACCGACUCUUCAUAGUAUUAUUUAUCCUGCUAACAAGCAUGUUGUAGGCAAGGUGUACUGCCGUGGCCGGAGUUCUGCGUCAAUACUAAGCCCUUCGGAACCCCUAUCGAACCCUACAUGCUCAAGUGGGUCAUGACAUCCAUCAGGUGUCACGCGGUCCUUUUUCGGGUGGGAAAAGUCAUAGGAAAACGGCUUACCUAUCUACGCUCUGGACUGCCUGGUUCGGCUCGCAGAUAUACGUGUCUCUAUGGUAGAUCCGGGCGGUGGAUAAAGAUUAAUAGAUGUUCCGGCUCCGG